AUGGCAGCAGCAGCAGCUCACAUAGACGUGAUCGAUCUCUCGAAAAGCGAAGACGAUGAUGCUGUCGCGUCUGACGACACACUCCCAUCGCUGGCGGCGCGGUGGCUGUCAUUCGAGAAGGAAAUGGUCGAGGAGCUGUACGCGCAGGACGGGAUGUUGGUACUGGGUCGUGGGUUAGGCCUCUUGCGCGUGUUUGCGAGCUUCGUGCGUCUCUUUUGCUCGCCCCGCAGUCUCGUGCUCUGUCUGAACGUCAAUGAACAAGCAGCGACGCUGCGACGCCUCGUGCUGGCACUGGGUCUCGACCGACGUCGAUUGCCGCGCGUCGUAGACGCUCGGACGCCGUUGAGCGAGAGGCAGCAGCUGUACAAACGCGGCGGUGUCUUUUUUGUCACGACUCGCAUCCUCGUGGUCGAUCUGCUGUCCAGUCACGUGGAUCCAGGCAUUGUCAGUGGGCUGCUGGUCAACCACGCUCACGCGGUGACGGAAACGUCGAUUGAAGCGUUUAUCCUACGGCUCUAUCGCGAACGCAAUCGAGAUGGAUUCAUCAAAGCGUUUUGUGACGACAGCGUCGCGCUAUCGUUGGGUUUCAACCGCGUGGAACAAGUACUGAAGCACUUGUACGUGCGCAAUGUGUUUUUGUACCCGAGAUUCCAUGUCUCGAUCCACUCGUGUCUAGAGCAACAUCAACCUGACGUGUACGAGAUCGAAGUGGCGUUUUCACCCUUGAUGAAGACCAUGCAGGAAGCACUGCUUGUUGCACUGGAAGCCACGGUAAAAGAGCUGCAACACAGCACCAAAUCUCUUGACGCCGCUGAUCUUACGAUGGAGAGGGCGCUUGCAAAGUCGUUUAGCAAUUUCAUUCGACGGCAAUUGGACCCGUUGUGGCACAAGCUGCCCGUUAAAACGAAGCAACUUGUUGCGGACUUGUCGACGCUGCGUCAGCUGCUCGUAUACCUUCCACAUUACGACGCUAUUUCGUAUUAUUCGUUUCUGGUAAACUACCAAACCAUGAACGGCCAGCAACGUUUUCCCUCGCCGUGGCUCUUCACAGAUGCUGCGGACCGUCUUCUUUCUGCGGCAAAAGACCGACUAUACCAGAUUGUCGACCCGAAAACCAAGAAGCCCGUGAAUUCCCGUCAGCUCGGUGCAUCGAGUGGUUCGACUGCGAAUGCUGCAAACAUCGCGGAGCUGAAAAUUGUGCUUGAGCAUAAUCCAAAGUGGGAUGCGCUCAACGAGAUCUUGGACGAAGUGCACCAUGAACAACAGCGUGAUCAAAAGGAGAAAUCGGAUCAGGAGAAGGCGAGAGCAGCAGCUGGUGGGGCCAAUGUACUGGUGAUGGUCAAGGAUGAGCGGACCUGUGCACAGCUGCGUGAGUUUUUGAGUUUAGGCACUCAGGAAAUGAUGCGACGGCGUUUCGGCCAUUACUUGCUCCAGAAAGAGGCCACGUUGAAGCAAAAAGGAGGUAGUAUGGCUUCACUGGGGCUUGAGCAACGACUUCUUUUGGACGCCGCCGUGAAAUUACGAGCAGAUGAACUGUACACUGAAGAGAAAGCGGCGCUCUCGUCAGGCGCGAAAAGCAAGCACAAACCUGGCAACUCGAAGAAGCGAAUGCGAGAGAAGUUAUCACAAAGCAGCUACCAGGAUGUCCAGAUGCACACUACUGAUGUGUCGAGCUUCGGUUUGUCAGCAGCAGAGCUGGAAGCCAUUACUGCAAAGUGUGAUGAACAAGUAGGGUGUGGUGCCAAAGCAAGAUUGUCGGUAGACGGCUGUCUUCGUGGUGGUCGGGAAGCGUUUCACCACCAAGAUCGAUCUCCAGGAACGCUGGAUUUGUCACUUGAGCUGGUAGACCCCCUCGACAGCGUCGUGCUAUGUACAUACGGUCAAGCCACGCAGCAUGGCUAUGGCGCCUCCGCUUUUCUUGAAGACCUCAUGCCUUCUUGCAUCGUGCUGUACGACCCAGACAUGGCAUUUAUUCGCGAAGUCGAAGUUUUCCAUGCCUCACACGUUGCUCCACUUGAGAUCUACUUCAUGAUGUACAAUGAGAGCACGGAGCAGCAAUCUUACUUGAGUGAAAUCCAGCGCGAGAAGCGUGCUUUCGACAAGCUCAUUCACCAGAAAGCUCACUUGAUGAUGCCGGCCAAUGUUUACGACCUGCCGCUCCACAUGAAGCUACGAAAGCAGAUCGUAGAGUACAGUAUGGACACACGAACGGGAGGUCGGGCCAAGUCUCAUCGCGCUGGCGUUAAAGUUGUCGUGGAUGUCCGCGAGUUUCGGAGCGCCUUGCCAUCCAUGCUUCACAAGGAAGGGCUGUUUGUCCUCCCCGUGACGCUAGAAAUUGGCGACUACGUCUUGUCACCAGAGAUUUGUGUGGAGCGCAAGAGCGUGAGUGAUCUUUUCGGCUCGUUGAAUUCCGGGCGAUUGUUCAACCAGGCAGAAAGCAUGCGGCGCUACUACAAAACACCCGUGCUAUUGAUCGAGUUUACUCAGGGCAAGGCGUUUUCAUUGCAGGACGUGUCAGAGCUGAGCUCCGAGAUCACUGCCACGAACAUCAUCUCCAAGCUGACCCUACUGAUUCUGCACUUCCCCUCACUACGAAUCCUCUGGUCUCGCUCACCACACGCAACGGUGGAUCUUUUCAAGAUCAUCAAGAAGUAUCAAGAAGAACCCGAUAUUGAUACUGCAGCUGCACUUGGCAAUGACGACACAGUAGCAGACGCCAAUGCUGGUUCAAGCAAUCGCGGCGAGGGAGGGCUCGCGGCAAACUACUACAACACUAGCUCGAUCGACGUGCUGAAGAAGUUGCCAGGCGUGAAUGAACACAAUUACCGCAAAGUGAUCGCGAGCAUCAAAAAUCUCGCCGAGCUCAGCCGGCAGUCGCUAGACGAACUCACGGCGCUUCUGGGCAAAACGAACGGGAAGAAGCUACACGCGUUUGUAAACAGAACGCAAUAG